AUGGAUCGCCGCAUUACUCGCUCUGCAGCCCGGGCGGCUGCUGCUUCAAUCGCAAAAGAGGAAGACGGCCUUUCUAUCACACAAGCGCCAAGCACUUCUACAGUGACCAAACGAAAGCGUCUCCGUCUCAAUCCCACUGACACAUCCAAUACACACAGUUCACUUAACAUGCGCAAAACAACUGCAAGUAUUGAAAAGGCGUCAUCCAAUGAUACAAACCAAGCAAUCAAGCAAGAGAAGCCAGUGUUGCAACCAGCCUUGUUUGAUGAACUUCCUCACAACCUAGGACCUAUGUCAUGCAAGUUGUCUGCAGCAACAGGUCCUGCAUUCUCGAUUGCUGGAUCUGACAAAGAAAACCAAUCUCUGAAGCGAGAUAAAGUUGACACCGUGGCUACUGAGCUCCAAGACACUGUCAACAAGGCCAUCACUCAGUCAAAGGAAGAAUCAUUGAAAGAACCAAAGGCCCAACCUACCCCAAACGGCAGGAAGCCCAAAAAGAAUACUUAUGGUCUAACGCCCGGCCGCUCACCUUUCCCUGAACUGGUUCGACCAACCUCCGAAGAGUGUGAACAGGUCAACCGGCUUCUUUCCAGCAUUCAUGGCGUAGUGACAGCUCCAGAAACCAUCCCAGAGCCAUCCCUAACAGUCACCGGCUGUGGUGAAGUCCCAUCUGUUCUAGAUGCUUUGAUCCGUACUCUUCUCAGCGGGGCCACCACCGGCAAUAAUUCUGCCAUGGCCUUUGGUGGGCUUGUAGAACGAUUCGGUAUUCUCUCGGAAGGGAUCGGAAAAGGAAGUGUCAACUGGGAGGCUGUACGACAGGCCACUGUGAAAGAUGUGUUUGAAGCGAUCAAAUGUGGCGGUUUAGCCGACAUCAAGAGCAAAAAUCUGAAAGCCAUCCUCGACAUAGUUCAUGAGGAUAACCAGGCGCGCCGAGCCACGUUGCUGGAUUCUGAGUCCACAAAGGACACAGUCUCCAAUAUGCUGCCUGAGAAGGCCGAGAAGGAUAAGCAAUAUGAAAUUGCAUGCGCAGACCAGAAUUUCCUUUCCCUCAAUCAUCUCCACAAUCUCACCACCGAAGAAGCGAUGACCCAUCUGAUCAAAUAUCCCGGGAUCGGACCCAAAACAGCCGCUUGCGUGAUCCUGUUCUGCCUCCAGCGGCCCUGUUUCGCUGUUGACACACACAUCUUCCGACUCUGCCGCUGGCUGGGGUGGAUCCCCCCUCGUGCCAAUGAGGUGACUGCUUUCAGCCACCUGGAAGUGCGCAUUCCCAACCAUUUGAAGUAUUCCCUCCACCAGUUAUUCAUUCGGCAUGGAAAGAGCUGUCCCCGUUGCCGAGCAGCUACCGGCGCAUCCAGUGCUGGCUGGGCAGACGGCUGUGUGAUUGAUCACCUACUGGUUCGUGAUGGCAAGCGGAAGGGCCCUGCUCCGGCGGUGGUUUCUAAGAAGAAACCAGCUGGCAGUAAGGCCACGAAUAAUCGCAAGAGAAAGAAUCACGACUCGGGAGAGGAAACUGAGGGAAGUGAGGAAAGUGACUUCUCACUUUCCGACAGUAUAAGUGACGAAUGA